GAUGCGGGCGGCGGGGAGCGGCCGCCGGGCGCGCAGGGGCUGCGGAACCACGGCAACACCUGCUUCAUGAACGCCGUGGUGCAGUGCCUGAGCAACACGGCGCCGCUGGCCGAGCGCCUGGCGCUGGGCCGGUACCGCGCCCGAGCCGAGGUCACGCAGCGNCUGGCGGCCCUGGUCCGCUCGCUCUGGACCCGCGACUACAGCCCGCAGCUCGCCGCCGAGUUCAAGAACAUCGUCUCCAAGCACAGCUCGCAGUUCCGGGGCAACGCUCAGCACGAUGCGCUCGAGUUCCUGCUCUGGCUGCUGGACCGAAUGCACGAGGAGCUGGGCGCCGCCUCCCCCGCCCAGCAGAGCCGCGGCCCCACGCAGGUGGAGCAGCUCCCUCCUCCCUGUGCCCAGCUUGGGGUGUCGUGCAGGUCCCUGCCAGGCACCCAGCACCCCCACGGGCAGAGCUUCGUGCAGAGCCACUUCCAGGCCCAGUACAGGUCCUCCCUGACGUGCCCUCACUGCCUGAAGCAGAGCAACACCUUCGACCCCUUCCUGUGCAUCUCCCUGCCCAUCCCACUGCGCCAGACCAGAGCUCUGAACGUCACGCUGGUGCUGCAGUGCGAGCGCUGGCGCUUCGUGCGAGUGGGGCUGGCCGUGCCGCUGCUGGGCACCGUGGCCGACCUGCGGGCGCUGGUGGCGCGGGAGGGCCGCGUCCCCCCGGAGCAGGUGAUCCUGGCCGAGGUGUCCCCGCGGGGCUCCCUGCGCUCGCUCGCUGACCCCGAGGCGCUGGGCCCGGCCGGGGAGGCCGCGCCUGUCUACGCCUUCCAGCCGCCGCCCGCCCGCCGCGCAGGGUGUCCCCGCAGCCUCCCCGCGUCCCCCUCAGUGCCACGGCCAGAGGGGCCGCGUCUGCUGCCCAGCAGCGCCCGCUCCUCCGACUGCCUGCACCGCGCGCCCGGCAGCCGCAUCCUGCUGCUGCUCUGCAACACUGCGGGCACGGGGCCGCAGCUCGCCAGGUUCGGGCCACCGCUGCUGCUGCGGGAGGAGCGCGGCGUCUCCUGGGAGCAGCUCCAGCAGAACAUCCUGGCCCAGCUGAGGGGGGUCCUGCGGGGAGAAGUCCGGCCACAGGGCGCGGGAGCCCUUUUCCGGAUCCGCCUGGCCGGGGGCUCGGCCCCCUGCACCUACCUGUCCCCUCAGGAUCCCCAUCCUCUCUGCCAUCCUGCCAUUGACAGGGCCCUGCAGCUGAGCGGGGCUGGGGGCCCUCCCCACGUGAGACUGACGGUGGAGUGGGACAUGAGCACCAAAGAGCGGCUGUUCGGGAGCAUCCAAGAGGAGGUGGUGCAGGACGCGGCGAGCGUGCGGCAGCAGCAGCAGGCGCACGGGCAGCAGCACAGCUGCACGCUGGACGAGUGCUUCCAGCUCUACACCAAGGAAGAGCAGCUGGCCCCGGACGAUGCCUGGCGCUGCCCGCACUGCAAGGUGCCCCAGCAGGGCACGGUGAAGCUCAGCCUGUGGACGCUGCCGGACAUCCUCAUCAUCCACCUGAAGCGCUUCCGGCAGGUGGCCGAGCAGCGGCACAAGCUCACCACGCUGGUGAGGUUCCCGCUGCGGGGGCUGGACAUGGCCCCGCACGUGGCACAGCGGGGCCAGCCCGGGGGGCAGCUCCUGGGGCGCUGGGCGCCCUGGCAGCCCCCCCUGCGCCUGCCCCCCGGCUGCCCCCGCGACCACCUGUACGACCUGUACGCGGUCUGCAACCACCACGGCAGCAUGCAGGGCGGCCACUACACCGCGUUCUGCUGCAACGCCCUGGACGGGCGCUGGUACAGCUACGACGACAGCCGUGUGGAGGGGGUGCGCGAGGCCGAGGUGAGCACCCGCAGCGCCUACAUCUUGUUCUACCAGCGCCGCCGCGCCGCCGGCUCCGGCACGGGAUCCGCCGCCUCCGCGGGGCACUGGGUGUUCCGCCUGGCCGCCUCCGAGCCCCGCGACGACCCCAACCCCUCGGGCUCUGUCACGGCCCCGGAGAACGGCGGGUUCGAGGCGAGGCCCCCGGUGCGGGGGCUGCAGGGGCUGCACGGCCGCAGCCUCAGCGUGCGGACCGCCCCCGCCGGACCCCCGGGACAGGGGGAGCCGGCCCCCCCCCGCGCUCCCCGACGGCUCCGCCGGGCCGCCAGCGCCGAGGGGACCCCGCGCCGGCCGCCGCCGGGCCCCGGCAGCCCUGGAGCCUCGGUGCCGCAGGGGGACGCGGGUGUCCCCCCGGGCCGCUGCCCCCCCGGCCCCUCGGCGCUGGGGCGGUCGCGGAGCUCAGCCAGCCUGCCCCCCCGGCCCGACGGGGGGCUGCGCAGAUCAGCCUCGCUGGGCAGGGGUGCGGGGGGGCCGGCCCUGGCCGCCCGGGGUCCCUCCGGGGCCACCUUGCAGCGGGGCCGGCAGCCCACCGGCCCCCUGCGCUCCCCGGCCGUGCCUGAGUCCAGCUUCUGA